GUUAUAAAGCACAUGUCACUGAUAUUGCAAAAAUCAGGAGGCAUGUUCGACAGUCAAAAUGUAUACAGGAUAAGAUGACUGCAAAGGAGAGCGCAAUUUGGUUGGCGGUCAUGGACCGAGAAGAAUCCCUCAUUCGGCAGCUCAGUAGUGACAAUGGUCUGUCUGGUGUAACUGAAACACCUCCAGGUCGUAAUGUUGAUAGAACGCGACCUGCCAUCAGCAGUGAUAGUGAUUAUGAUGUUGAUGGCUUUGAUGACUGUGUGGGUUCUGCUACCUCAAAAGAUGAUAGGAGAAUUCAACCAGUGGAUGCAGAGUCUUUGAGGAACACUCGUAAUGACACAUCUGAUCAUGCCCAAGAGAAAGAGCAAGUGGAAAAGCAACCUAGAAAGAAAAGACGACGCCUGAAAUCAGGAGAUGCUGAUCAGCAGCCUGGACCAACCAUUGAGGAGCAUGCACAUGCUGAGUUGACAAACAGUUUGCCUGAUAUGAACAACAGCGAUAUUCCUUUGCUCGAGUAUCAUAUACAUGGUAGACAACAGGGAAAUGGUGUGGUCACAGCUGCAAGGUCUUUGGAUAACAAUAUUGAGGGUCAACCCCAAGCUUCAAUAUCUGAAUUUAAUCCUUAUUCGGGUGUUCCUUAUGCCUUUGAAACCCCCCAACCAGGCAUGUUUGCGGAUGAAAGACGAAUGGUCCACCCAUUAGUGCAAAAUGCUGAGAUGCAUCAAGGGACUACUUAUAACAUCGAUAGUCAAUCAGUUGAAUAUGGGCCUGUUCAUGAUGGGCUCAACAGUCAGAUGGAAGUUAAUGUACAACAGAAUAGGUCAGAGGAUGUAGCCUAUCCACCAGCACUGCAUAGAAAUGAGAAUGAGAUUGUUGGAGCAGAGUUGCACAAUUAUGGGAAAGAGACAUACCAAAAUGAACAAGAGAGAGCUUUUGAUAAUAACUUUGGUUCUCCUAUGGGUAGCUUGCAAUUAGAUUUUGAUUUUGAUAAUGCAUUCACUGCAUCACCUUUGCACCUCGGACUCACUUGCACAGGUUCAUUUGAGGACUUAUGGCAUGACGAGGACUUGAUAGAGUACUUUGGGGCUUAGAUUAGAUUUGAGUCAUCAGUGAAUAGAUUGAACCGAAAAUUGUGGCAUCCGAUGCUCAACUGGGUGACAAAGUUCUCCUUAACUGCCAAUAAUCUUGCCAAUACUGGGUGUUAUCAUUUGUUCAUGAAACUGUAAGUUGUAUUUCCUUUGUAAUUCAUCGUGUUCAAAACAAAUCAAAUAAAACAACAGACAAAAGUAUUUCUUCUGUGCAUCAUAUUUUAUUUUACUUCUCUGAAUAGAGUUACCACGAAGGGUUGCAUGUAAA